AUGAUUUCCGGUCAACCUCCUUUCAAGACUCAAGUGCUUGAAUUUGAUAUCGCGCACAUACCGGCAACGUAUCGCACGAAAUCGGACGAUAUACUCCCUGCGCAGGUUGACUCGAGUCUACUUCAGCAGGAACUGUUGGUUCGGCGUCUGAACAAGAUCCACCGGUGGAUGUUCUGGUGCGGUCGGCCAAUGCCUCCUCGGCCUUUGCACCACCAAACCGUCAUAUCACGCAUAAUUACAGUCACCGAGCGAGUAGACCAUCAUCUGGUCUGGUCAAAGAAUCGUAUCUUUGUAAAACCCUUGCCACUGUUUCUCCUAGACCCAGCCUUCUGGUCGACCCAUCUCCUGCCGUCAGCAUCAUCUGCUUCGGCCCCCAGCCUUGUCGGCAAACUUUCCGUCGGCAGCUGGGGCGCAACGGAUCAGACCGGCAGCACCCCGCCCAGCGACGAGAUUCGCGCCUGCGCUCUUGGGUUCCUCUUCUCCUACACCGCUCUCGUCAUGCACGAGACUGACUUCCGGCUUGCUCAAGACCUCGGCCUCCUUCCCCAGACAAUCUCCUGGCCAGCCUGGCGCCAUCUCUGUGCCGAGUUUCUCUCUGAGUUUCGCUACUGCGCCAUCAACCCCCGGUACUGGUACGGCGAGCUGCGACUCCAACGUCUCAACCUGAUUUGGCGCAUCAAAACGAGAUCUCUGUGGCGGGGAUAUUCACAGGUCGACAGUCCCUCCGUGUACGCCAGCUUUCUGUCCGACCACUUUGCGUCCCUCGCGACGGCGCUCGCGUUCUUGGCGAUUGUGCUCACAGCCAUGCAGGUGGGACUGGCGACGGAGGAUUUGACGGCCAGUGGGGCCUUCCAGAAGGCGAGCUACGUGUUUACCGUGUUCUCCAUCUUGGCGCCGGUGGCGGGUGUUGUGGCGCUUGCGGGAUUUGUGUCAGUGUUGGCGGUGUCUGACUUCAGGACGACGGAGAGGUAUGCCAAGAGGAGAUUUGAUGACAUAGGAGUCAAAAUAUGGGCAAGAUUCAUGGCCCCUUCGCCUGAUCCCAUGCGGUGCGAGGAUCCCUCUGAAGCAGGAGCAACACCGCCAACUCUUAACAUGUAG